AUGAACACGACCAAGGCCAACCAACCUCUGGUCAGGAAGUGCUGGUCUACCGCCACCCUGAGGGUCCUGUCCUCCAUGCCCAGUCGCAGCAUCGGGCAGCAGAGUCGUCUUGAAAUCAUCUCCCAGUGCAACAUCCGUUCUACUCAGCUGCGCAGGUACCACCGCCAGACCCAAGACGUUUCCCUCUCCUCCAGACCUAGUAUCCGUGGCUAUGGGAUCGAGGCAGACUCUGAGGAUGUCUGUGAGGAAGAGACCAAGAGACAGGAGCUGGUCAACAAUCUUCAGAGUCUGUCGGCCGGUGACCGUGUGCGUAUGCUGCGUGCCACGCCCCUUAGUCUGGCUGAGAAGACUAAACUGAGGAAACUUGUAUUCAGUGACAGAGUUGGACAGUCCCUCUUGAGCAGCCAGGUUCCCUGCUGUAGCCUCCUUAAGCGAGCUUUGUAUCACAUCUGGUUCGGAUGUCUCUUCAUCCUCAGUUCCCUGCAGUUGUGGCAGGUGGCUUUGAAGAGGCUGGGUGGCCGCUUUGGCACUGGUGUGCUCUCCUACUUUCUCUUCAUCAGGACUCUUCUGCUCUUCAACGUCUUUCUCUUCCUCAUCAACGGCCUGUUCCUGGUCCUCCCCCAGGCCAUCCACCCGCCCUUCACACCCCCCAGCUCCCACAGAGUCACAGGCCUGGAGCUGUUCACCGGCACGGGUUAUCUCUCUAACUCUCUAAUGUUUUAUGGCUACUACACCAACUCCACCAUCAACACCAGUUGUAGACCUGAUGACGCCACCGCCGGGACUGGCUGCGGCACCACCAGUGACCCUCACAUGAUGGCCUACAACAUUCCCUUAGCCUACUGCUUCACCAUCGGCAUAACAUUCUUUAUCACCGGCAUCGUCCUCGUUUACAGCAUGUCCAAGUCCUUUGGGAGGAGUUUCCGUGUGUUCAAGUCUCAGGGAAACAUGGCCAUAAAGGUCUUCUGCUCCUGGGAUUUCAAAGUCAGCAAGAAGAUGUCUGUCAGGCUGCAGUCGGAGAACAUCACCACCCAGCUCAAGGAGCUGUUGUCGGAGGUGAAAGGCGGAGAGGAGGUGAAGGGCAGGCUGUCUGGGAUGGCGGUGCACCUGCUAGCAUGGAGCAUUUCUCUGGGGGGCACCUUCUUCUGUGCACUCGGCAUCCACUGCUUUGCCAAGUACAUGCACCUG